AUGCCUACACUAGUUGCUGAGGUUGAACCUUUGAGCCUGAAGCCCAUUGUCUGUGCUUCAGGUGUCAAGGGGAAACGAGUGACUGCAUUACCUGCAGAAGCUGAUGGUCUUUCUGAUUUCAUUCAUUCAGUCAUUAUGGACAAACCAGACAUGGAAUCACCCUUUAGCGUCCUUGAUUUAGGGGUCGUAAUGGACCUCAUGAAAAACUGGACCACCAAACUUCCCACGGUUCAGCCUUUCUACGCCGUCAAAUGCAACCCUAACCUUUCCUUGAUUGGAACACUGGCAGCUCUCGGUUCCAGUUUUGACUGUGCCAGCAAAGCAGAGAUCGAAUCCGUUUUGUCACUCGGAGUCUCACCGGAUCGAAUCAUCUACGCCAACCCAUGCAAAUCGGAGUCCCACAUCAGAUACGCUGCAAGUGUCGGUGUCAACGUGACAACGUUUGACUCCGUUGACGAGGUCGAAAAGAUCCGAAAAUGGCACCCGAAAUGUGAGUUGCUACUCCGAAUCAAACCUCCACAAGACAGUGGAGCACGAACUUGCUUGGGUCUUAAAUACGGUGCGCUUCCCGAAGAAUUUCAAGAGCUGCUCCAAGUGGCUAAUGCUGCUGGGCUCAAAGUUACUGGCGUGUCUUUUCACAUUGGAAGUGGAGGAGCUGACACGCGAGCUUAUCAUGGAGCCAUUGAAGCCGCUAAGAGUGUCUUCGAAACGGCUUCUCGGCUUGGCAUGCCUACAAUGCGUGUCCUUGAUAUUGGUGGCGGCUUCACAUCUGGCUCGCAGUUUGACGCUGCGGCUUUGAAAAUAAACGCAGCCAUUCAAGCCAACUUCGCCAAUGAAGUUGAAGAGGGACUCGUGGUUAUUGGCGAGCCGGGUCGUUACUUUGCGGAAACGGCUUUUACCUUAGCCACUAGAGUUAUUGGUAAGCGUGUAAGAGGUGAGGUGAGGGAGUAUUGGAUCGACGAUGGGAUAUACGGUACGCUCAAUUGCAUAAUGUUUGACUUUGCUACUGUCACGUGCACACCACUCGCGUGCACCUCAAAACCUGAGAACCCCACGUGCAUAGACUCCAAAACCUAUACUUGUACUGUUUUUGGACCCACUUGCGAUUCCAUUGACACGGUUCUCAGAGAUUACCAGCUACCGGAGCUGCAAGUGAACGAUUGGCUUGUGUUCCCCAAGAUGGGUGCUUACACAACGUCUUCGGGCACCAACUUCAAUGGGUUUAGCUCAUCGGCAUCGUCCACUUACCUUGCAUAUUCGAGUCCUGCCGUGAGGGAACAAUUGUUCUGA